CACUGACAGCCGCCCGAGCCUUCAGUCAGUUCCAGUGCGAUUAGUGAGAAUAGUGAGAUUAGCGUCUUCUUCUUCUACUUGUCUGAAAUGGAGCUAAAAGGACUGGGGUUCGUCCCCCUCCUGUUGGCGUUUUGGUGUGCGGCCUGGCUUGCCACCAGCUACAUCAUGACGGUCGUCCUCGGCCAUGCAGCCUCGCCACUGAUGAGCAUCAGUGACGUGGGAAAUGUCUUUCCCGAAAGCAUAUUAUUCAGAAUUGGAUUCAUAGGGACGUCCAUUGGCACUUUGGUACUAACCUUUCUUAUUUAUAAGUAUAUGGUUAUGCAUACUGAAGAGUUCAGGGGUCAUCAGGUCCUGAUCCAGAGGAUCCUGCUGGCCAUUGUGUGGGCCUCCUGUUUUUCCACAGCUGUUAUGCAUGUAUUGUCCCCCGAAGAAUAUCCCAGGAUACACUUUGUCAGCAUGAUAAUUUCCAUUACAUGUGAAGCCUUAUACUACCUUGGGCAGUCCAUCCAGAUGUAUAAAUUACCAGGAGCAAAAAAAGUCAUCCACCAUAGUAGAUGCACCUGCUGUGGCCUGACUUUUGCCUGUGUAGUUUUCUAUUUUGGAUAUGAAACAUUAAAGGAAUUAUUCCAUAAUGAUGAAGACUGGGACGAGAUCCGUGAAAUCCCCAUCAUAAUCAUCGAGUGGGUGAUGCUUCUACUGAUCCUGAUAAACAUCGUGACCUAUUAUUCCACCAUGCAGAGGUUAUUGUUGACCGUCUCCAGAAACAGCUGCGAACAGCCAUCCUGAAUAUAGAUAUUUAAAUCCAGGAACUCACAUUUUUUGGGGGACUGAUGCAGCGCUGCCUUUGGAUAUCUCUGGCUCUGCCAUAGCGCUUUUUUUGAGGGGGCGUGUCGGCUGCCCCUUCGUCUGGUGGUCAACACUAGUGUUGCUCGCAAAUAUUCGCAAUGCGCGAAUUCGCGAAUAUUCGCCAAUAUAGCACUAUAUAUUCGAAAUUACGAAUAUAGUUUUUUUUUUUUUUCACAAUACACAUCACAGUGAUCAUCCCUCUCUGCUUCCAGCUUGUGUGGUGUAAAGAAGGCUCUAAUACUACUGUGUGAGACUGGGAUAUGAAUUUUCGCAUAUGGGAAAAUUUGCUUAUGCACAUUUUCAUUUAUGCAAAUUUUCGCAUAUGCAAAAAUAUUACGCGAAUAUUACAAAUAUGCGAAUUUAGCGAAUAUAUGACGAAUAUUUGUCCAUAUAUACGCGAAAUAUCGCGAAUUCGAAUAUGGCCUAUGCUGCUCAACACUAGUCAACACGCGCUAUCUGGCCAGCGAGCCAGGGCCCCGUACAGGAGAUCACGGGGCCCCCCAGCAGUCGGACACCCCACAAUCUGAAAUGUAUCCCCUAUCCUUGGGAUAGGGGAUGUUUUUCA